AUGGACCCGAGCGGGCCGCUCGCGAGCGGCGGUUCCCAGUCCGACGCGUCGUCGAGCCGCGCGAGCGGCGGCGGCGGCGGCGCGGCGGGGCGACGCGGCGCCGUGCAGCCGCCGCCUUUGACGCAGUUUAGGUUCGGCGACGCGCCGCCGAAGCCGCCGCUGCCGCCUCAGGGCGGCACCGUCGCGGACGUGAACGCCGCGGGAGGAGGGCAGUGGCCGUCGCUUGGGGGAGGAGGCGGCGCGGCCGUCCCUCGUCCGCGAGGGCGGUGA